CAAGGUUCAGCCAUGGGAGUUUACACAGAGCAAGAAUGUUUUUAGGCGGACUCUAAGAGUAUCUUCAUGAAAUCAAGAAGAAAACGAAUUAUUAUAGUGACUAGGUAACCCUGAGUUCAUCAUGCGGCUGACAAGAAUUUUAUUGCAAGACAUCGCUAAGCUUAUUCAACGAUACAGUCGCUACCAACAGUCUUGUUUGUCGAUUGAGCAAUUCACUUCUUUUGGUGAGUACUAUUUCGAUAUCACUGAUCAAAGCUGUAAUUUUAUCCCUUGUAACUUGAACUAUUUAUUGUCAUCCUUUGUAAAGGAUCAGAACCAGCAACAAAAUAUAGUUCUUGCUUUGAAACUUACUUUGCAAAGACGCAUUUUUAGAGUCUUUUUAGCCGAUACGGUUGCUAACUCGAUCAUGUGUGUGAAUGCAAAAGAAGGCUUGAAUAUGCAAAUUGUAUCUCUGGAGAAAGAGGUUAUAUUCGUAAAAUAGUUUAUUGCGAAGAAAAAUCCUGAGUUUUGUUUAUCUUUUUUCUGUUGUUUUUAGUCAAUCCGAUCAUCGGAGUAACGUGAGGCGUUUCUACUCGCCGGCCGCGCGCUUUACCAAAGCGAUUUUCGCUGCGUGAUCAUUCGUUGACGCGAAAACUGUGAAUUUCCCGCGCCUGAAUUUUAUUCCAUCCUUGUGAGCCCCACAAGCUAAAAAAAAAUUAUAUAAUGUACACUAUCUUAAUAUUUUGCUUGUUGUUUCGAUUUUUACUGCAAAAACAAGGAGAAAGUUUGGUUUAUUUACGAUGGCUAGAAUUUCUGUUUUUAUUCUGACGUAGCAGGCAGCGCCCCCACAACGCCCCCGUGUUCCGUGACAACAUUUUGUUAUUUCAAACCGCGUCCGUUUUGGAAUAGUUUGGAGAUCAUAUGAUUGUCACAAGUUUUAUGUGAGUCUAUUCAGGAAGUGUUCAUCAUGUUGAAAAUCAUACCAUGUAUUCAUGUAGAACAUUUUAGUCAUUGGCAUCGAUUUCUUUUUUGUACAGCCAUCACGAGAAACAAACAGUCCAAAGCUAUUGUUCAGUAAAGAAUUCUAAUUAAAUUCUUUUUUUGUUUUGGCUUUGGUCUUCUUGGCAUGUAAACAUUAUUAAUAUUUAAAGCCAAACUUGCAUAGUGGUUCUGGCAAAACUUGUGUCUUUGUAACCCUCUGCAAAUCUUGUUUAUCUGAUGAAUUGAAGGAACUUUCAUUUAGCAGUAAUUUUGUUACAAAUAGUUAUGGUGAGGCCUGGGACUAUUAAAUUUUGUGAAAAAUCAUGAGUCCUAGUAAAAAAAAAAACAACAAAUCCGAAAUUGAAAACAUUUGGGCCUUUAUGUAACAAGACAGUUAAUCUGAAGACAGACUCCAAACUUUGUUUCUUCACAUACUGCAAUUUAAAUAAUAUGGUCCUUCUAUUUUAAUAAAAUCACUCUUAGAUCCACAGUCAGCUGAUGGUUACAACAAUUUUCUAUUUAUGAAGAAUUUGAAAAUACCGAGUAAAAUUCUCCUUUAAAAUUGAUGUGAAGGAAACUUUAUUUGUUGUUACUGAGAUACCAUAUUUAAUCUCUAAAGGUGUGAUUUUAUACUAAGCAUUCUCAGGGUGACAGUUAACGUUAUAUACUUGAUAGGUUUGUUUUUCCUAUCAAGAAAAAUUAAUUAGAGAUGAAUAUUAUGCAUGUAUAAUAAUGAAACUGUUGUAGGUGAUCAGAAAAUGUGAGAUCAAUAUAAGUAGUUGUAGUUAUGCUUGGUCAUAAAAUGGAAAUGGCAGUUAAGUGACUUAACAUUCUCUUAGUCUGGCAAAACUUUUACUUUAGAACCUCCUGAUAUCACACAAAGUACAAUACAGAUAAAAGAAAGUUUAUUUACUGCUUAUUGUGGGUAAACUUUAGUGUUAUUUUACGAAUGUAGUUAAGUCAAAUAUAAUGUUUAAAGUGAUAUUUAUAAGCACCUCAUAUACUGUAUUUCCUCGAAUAAUAGCUGGGGGUGAUUAUUCGAGGAAAGGCGAAUAUAUGAGGGAUAUUAUUUCAAAUAUUGCUCACUGUAAGUUGUGCCCUAAAUAUUUUGCUUUAUUUUCCCAUUAAAUCAAAAAAUAAUGACGGCUAAUAAACUGAACAGGGGCUUGUUAAGUACUCCAAGUUUAGUUCCUUGAUUAAUUUUCAAAGCUUGAAUCAUCACUGAUCAGUUUUGCUGAAUCUCAUUGUACUUCAACUUGACAAGGAGGGGAUAAAAGGAAGAGAAGAUGGCAAGAGGGGUGAUUGUUCAAGGGAGGCAAUUAUUUUAAGUAUUUCUGUCAAAGGGGGGCAAUUAUUCAAGGGAGGCGAUUAAUCAAGGGAUGGCUAUUAUUCGAGGAAAUGUGGUAUAUGUAGCCUCUUGAGUCCAUUCUAUUUUGAUCCUAUUCUACACAACAAAUUAGCUAGAAUUCAAACAAGAUAUAGCAUUUGCCAAUCACAAUCAUUACAGUGCUUUUUUCUUGUCAUUUCCAUGGUACUUUUAAGUAAGGUCUUUCUUUUUAAACUUUCUUUGCAGGCAAGACUGCAAAGCCAGUGGAAUCUUUUCAGUUUGGACGACAUGAAUUACCAGUGCGGCUUGCUCACAUCAUCCGUGAGAUUGAUCUGCUUCCCAAGAACCUGCUUAAAAUGCCAUCUGUUGAGUUGGUCAGAGGCUGGUAAGACCUUCUAGCAAUUUUAAUCAACAUGCUCAUUUUCAGUGAUAUUAAACAGCUAAUAUUACUGGAGGAAGUGUCAAAUUUAUCGGAAUUAAGCCUAUUCAAGAAAGUUUUAUAAAUAUGAGCUUACAUACCUAAGUAAACAGAUUCACACUUCCUAACAGUUAAAACAUUUCACUUCGUUUAUGACAAUCGGUCAACACCUUAACUCAAACGACCCUAAUUUGUGGUUCAAGAAAAUAUCCAUACCCCACCAUGGAGGGAAUUGGAAACUCUGAGGGGAUGGGAGGUCAGAGGAAAUUCCAGAGGGGAGGGGGUUGGACAAUGAAAAUCACUUUUCAAGGGGUUAAUUUUGACCUCAGUACAAACAUUGCUACUUACUGAUGUAAUUUAUAGCCAGUCAAGCACUUUAAUGCAGCCUUCUGUUUCAGAUGCAAAAUAUUAGCUUGCUAAGUUCAGGCAUGCACAGAAAGACUUUUGCUUUUCGUUUUCUCUCCUUCUCUCUUUUUUCACUUUUCUUGUCUCCUUUUUUUUCUUUUGCUGGGCAUGUAGUAGGCUUCAUUUUGUGGGAAAAGUUUUAAUUUGAUUAGAUGAAAGGAAAGAAGGGGGGAAUGGAGCAAGAUUUUCAUGGAAACUUUCAGGUCAAUGUUACAAGGUUUUUUGACUUUUUCUCUGGUGUCCUUGACUGAAUUGUGCUCAAUCUGGUGUGGUUGGAAAGGUCUCUUCACUCUGCACAAAUAAGUGGACAAAGUUGUCCUUGACCAUUAACACUGAUGAUGUCACGAGGGGCAGGAGGGACGAGGAUCUGGACAGGCAGUUACGGGUGGCUCAAGGGUGAAUUGGUUAAUGCCUAGAAUAUAAAUUUGGUCACUGUAAAAAUUCAUGUAUAAUCUUCACCUUUUUGCUAAAAUUUUAGGAUUAAAAUCAAGAUUGUGGCUUAUCUAUGAGCCAAUCUUCUGGCUAGUGUAAAUGUGCCAUGAGAAGCAAAGCGACUCAUACAUGUGAUUAUCUUCUUUGAGGGGAUAGGCAUUCGCUGUUUCACAAUGAUCUGUUCGAAAGCUUCAAAAAAUGACACGUUUCGUAAACUGUCUGUCCAACUUGCCAAACUUAUAAUACAAACGAUUGAUCAUUGUAGAUAAGUUUUAAUACAAACGUCACAAACGUUGUGGGAAAGUACAUCUAAAUAUAGACAAACGUAGAUGGGAAUGCAUUUAAAGAAUUACAACAUCCAAUUCCUUACCUAAAGUCUGAGUGUAAAACAUUGCUGACCUUAAAAAGUGGACUAAAAGUACAGGUAAAUGGAUAAGACUUUAAAAUGUGGAAAGAAAAAGACUGAUUGGAACCUUUUAAAACAACAAAAGCUGGAAAAAAUACUGAACCUGAUCCUUGUGAAGUAUUAUGUUAAAAGGCAUGUGACCAAAAGUCUGCUUGCAAAUUUCACUACACAAAGUAUGGUCAGUGAUCUUUUUGGGCAAAGAAGUUGAUUUGGAGACAAUUCUGGUUUAUAAUUAUUGUGAUUUCUAGCUCUUCAUCAAGCCUUAAUUUUUGUAAUUGGAAUAGAAGUUGUGUUUCUUGAAAAUAAUGCUUUUCCUUGAUUUGUUUCCAUCAUUUUCAUGUGUAGAAGGGGUGUCCAUUUGAAUUAAUUUUUCCAGAGGGUCAUACAAAACUCACAAUACUCAAACUAUUCUAACAUAUACUUACCGCAUCUUAUGUUGUGGCAGCAAACAAAUUAUUAAUAAAUAAAGGUCAUAAUCAUUUAAUAAUUAGAUGUUUUUCUUCAAUGGAACUAUGAACAUCGUUGUUCAUUUAGGUGUUCCCUCAGAAAUUUUAUUGGCAUCGAUGGGGGAGGUAUGGAUAUUUUCUGGCACGAUACACCACUGGCAUAAAUUAUGCAACCUAAAAGAUAGAAGAACAGUAUAGACCAUUUGCUUGUUUGCUUUGUUGCUUAUACCAGUUUAUAUUAUCAGGGUGCAAAGAAAGUUAUUUUACAACUUACCUGAAAUUUUUUUUUUCAUGAGCAUUGAUUUUAGUUCUUCUGUCGUUUCAAUAUUGCCAAAAACUUACUUCCCCGUGCAGGGCUCAAAGUUUAAAUUUGAGUUUGGGAGCACUUGUGCAACCAGAUGUAAAUUUUUAGGUGUACUGCCGAAAUUUUAGGUGCACAGCUGAAAAUUUUAGGAGCACAGUUUACAGUGUUAAGAGCAUCUAUUUCAAAACAAAAAGUAAAAAGCUUAACAGUGCCACGUAUAUAUGUCAUCAAGGAAAAAUUAAACAUACACAGAUGAAAGGAAAACAAUGUAACUUUAUUAUUUAGAACCUGGUUGUGUUAUUCCUACAUUACUUUUACUAUCAUUGCUUAAAGCUAUAUGUACUGUUUAACGUUGUACUAGUGCAAGUACGUAAGGAAGCAGGGAAGCAAGUCAAUCGCACUGGGGGUUUUAUGAAUGCACAGGUGCAAUUACACAUGAUGAGCAUGUUUCAGUCCAGGAGACCAACAAUAAAGUAUGAAAGACCAUGGAAGUUAAACCCAAAAAUGCCAAUGAAAAUCCUGUUCCACUACCCACCUGCACUACCUUCCAUUUAAUCCUGUUAUCCUAAAAACUUUCCCAGAAUCGUUUUGUAACGAAAUGAAGCCUAGUAAAUACCCGGUAAAAGAAAGAAUUGGGGACGUAAGAAAACGGAUAGAAGAGUGAAGGAGAGGAAGUGGAAGGUGAAAGGCGAGUCCAAAAACUAUAUAGAAAUUUUGCUUUGUAUGCAUGCCUGAACUUCGGAAGCUAAUAUUUUGCAUCUGGAUCAGAGGGCCGCAUUUAAGUGUUUGACCCAUAAAAUGAUAAAUUGGAUUUGGGGCAAUUUUGGUUCUUUAUAGCCAGACAGUGACCAGAAGACUGUUGGUUCAACUAGCUUUUGGCAAAAUUCCCAGGGCAAAUUGUUUAAAACUCAUUGUAAGUUCAUGUCAUUAACUUGUCUUCCAGGUAUGUCCAAAGUUUUAGUGAACUUAUAGAGUUUCAAGAUGAAGAAGAAACAGAUGAAGUUACAAACAGGUAAUUACUUUUCCUUUGAAGUUUGCAGUCUCAGUUGAUUUGAUCCUAAUAAUCUGAUGAGGCUUGUGUUUUGUAACAUAAAUACCAUGUGAGUUGCAUCAGUUGAUUUUUUACCUAAUGAUCCAAUGUGACCGUGUUAAGGCUUCAAGCAACAGUUGGUCAUCAGAAAUUUGUUUCGUAAAUGUACAGUAUUAUUUUAACGGGCAAAAUUUUAUUUGGGUCUGCGACUCAAACGUGGCACUUUUGAUAGAAGCUGAUAUUUUUUUAACUUUGUUUGUUCUUGUGGUGUAAUGCUGGGCCCAGUUGUUCGAAGGCUGAUUAGCCCUUAAGCCGGGGUUAAAUUUAACCCGGGUUUCUCUUUCUUGUGUUCAAAAGCAUUUUCUCGGAUAAUUUUUCCUGUACUUUUAUUGGGGUAAAAACACACAGAGAACAUUGGAAAUGAUUAGUAUCAUUUCUUAUCAAUAGCUAAAAAAAAAAUGACGUUAGUAAAGAAUUCAUAAUGCGCAGUUCUUGUUUUCUACUGUUGCAGCAACAACAAUUUUUGUAAACAUACUGGUUCAGCCAAUUAAAGUAGUGAGUUUCUUUUUUCAUUAAAUUCUUAACUUUGCUUUUUCACUGGGAAAUUAUUGUAGUCUUUGAGUGUUGUUUGUCAAACAAUACAAAGCUAUGAUUGCUUAUUGUGCAAAAAUUUUGUACUUAAAGGUCUUGUAAAAAUAAUUCAGUUGGACUUUUGUACAAUGGCUUUGCAACAGGCAUUACCUUCCUUCCUAUUUUGCACACACUGCAUUUUUGUGCACCUAAAUUUCCCCUUAGCUUUCAAAUACUUGGCAUGCAGCCCACAUGUACCUGUCAUUUUCUUAUUCCUUCAGAUUUACUCAAAGUUUAAAGUACAUCAAACAGCGUCAUGACAAUGUGGUUGAAACCAUGGCUCAGGUGAAUGAGUAAUCAUUAUUGUAUUGUGGCAAUAGUAAAUUUCAGCUUUUUUAUUUGAUUUUAAGUUAAAUUAAAUUUGUUAUACUUAUUUAGGGAAUAAUGGAACUGCGUCAGCGUGAAGGAGAUGAUGCUUUUCAUCCUUCAAUAGAAUACUUUUUAGGUAGGUAAUGUUAUUAAAUAUUUUCAAGCAUUUUUAACGACAUGUCAGUACAUUUUUAAUUAUGACUUUUUCAGUCUCUGAAGUCACCUUGUAUACAAAGGGAGACAACAAGGCCCAUUAGUCAGGGCAUCAGACUUGCAAUCCAGAAUUUUAUUCUCAUUCUGACCAUUAGCUGGAUUUGUUCCAAGUUCAAAUCUUUUGUCAUGCUUGUUAGUAGGAAACUGGUUGCCUACAAGCAAUAGGCCUCUUUCAAAAAUAUCAUAAUUCUCUUUGUUGUCCCUCCAUAAUUUUGCAUAAGAAUUGUUUUCAAUUUCUCUUUUGACUUACAAUAAUUAAUGCCCCAAGAGAAGUUGAAAACAAUGCUGAUGCAAAAUUUUGGAGAGACAACAAAGAGUCUUAUGGACUUUUUGUAAAAGGUCUAUUUACAUGUAACUGACACUUUUCUCCAGUGAUAAAAAUGUUUGUCAUUUGUUUUAAGGUAUUCAAGUGGAGCCAUUUAACUAGCUAGACAACUAAGUGCACUUCUAUCAUAGAUGGGGGAUUUACACAGUACCUGUUUGUUUUUCUUCUCAGUUUUCAUGUGUUCUAACGUUUUACUUGUUAUGAAUGCUUUUUCUUUUAACAGAUCGCUUUUACAUGAAUCGUAUUAGUAUUCGAAUGUUAAUUACUCAACACCGUAAGUAUCUAUCAGUAAUUUUUAUCAGAUCUAAAUUGUUAAUUUAAAUUACCUAUCAGUAAAUGCAUUUCACUGCCACAUAAAUCUGGUUGAUGUUAAAGUAACCAAAACAUGUUGACACAACAGUAAUUCAACUACUUAUGAUUUGUUAUGACCAACAACAAUCUGGAACUGACACUGAGAGAGUACUCUGACACCAAGCUGCAGAAUUUUCUUUUGGAAACAGUGAAGUUUGUCUCACUCGACACUUAUCUCCUUGUUUCUCAUAUCUCAGCAGUAUUGCCACUUACUACUUUGCACUUGUGUGGAACAUUUGAUAUCACCCUGAAGAAUAUUAACAGACUGCAGGCCGUUUACAGUCUGUGAAAUUCAGGGGACCUAGCACUGUAGUUUUCUGCAAAAGCCACAAUUUUCCCAGUCAGUUAAAGGCAAAAGUAAAGCAGAAGGGGCCAUGAGGCCCUGAUAUGUCUCAGCCCUGGGGUGGCAAUUUACUUCACAUAUAUUUAGCAGUGAUGUGGUAAAAGAAACACUAAACGUACUUCACUAUUAUUCAAGCUACCUCUUUUACUCAACUGUACCUUCAAGAAUACCCCAUGUCUUUGUUUUACAGAGUAAGUUGAGCUGGUGGUAAGCUUUUGUCAGUGUAAUAAUAGCCAGCAGUCGGCUCUUAACCUCAUCCCUAAUUUAUGGUUUUGCAAUUUAUUUGGUAUGCUAUGUAGAGACUGAACUUACAAUACCACUCGAAAGUAAGUUACCUGCAGUCUCGUUUUGUGCAAGACGAGCUUCUCAUCUGGAGGGGCGAGAGUCUCAUUUCGUGAGAAUCACUGAAGCGGUAAUGUUGGAUGAAAUUUCGAGAGGAGCUCAAUAUCUUCACUACUGAGCAAUCAAAUGACACUUUUGUCAAAGUACUGUCACGACUAAGCUUGAACCCUCAGCAAAGUUUUUAGUAGUUCAGGAUUCUCUUUCAACAGACAAUUUAAGGUAGUUCAAAAUAUCCAAAGUCAGCAAAAAUCUGAGCAAACAAAAAUUGAAUGUGUUUUAAGUUGAAGUUGUUGUCUGUUCCCAACUCUCUUAGUCUAUUUUUGUUCCCUAGCACAUGAACGAAAGUCUACAGAAAAUAAAUAGCGAUUUUGUUCUUUUUCUGAAUUUUGCUAUCCAGAAUUGUUGACAGUUGGUUCUGUGGAAAGUUUUUGUUAUUUCCAAAUGCAAUAGAAGAUUAUGGCAACUAUUUCCUCACCCCUGGGCCCCUCCCCUGGAUCUGCUACUGUGUUCUGUCACUUCAUUCACUUGGAAACCCCUAGAAUGAUGGGUAAAAACAUUGUUGCUGCAUUCAUUUUUGUCUUAUUUUAUCCUAACAAAUCCAAUAGAAAGAUUGACGGUUCCAUAAAUAAAUUGACAGAACAGCAUAAAAAAUUCUCGGAUCUUUUGUCCUUUGCUAGAAAAUACAUGCUGAAAUACAGUAUUUGCUGUCAUUCACAUGGUCGUGCAACUUGGUUGAUUUCUCAUUGUUUACAAUGAUUCCAAAGAUGCUUGAUACUUGCAGUUCUUCAACCCUCUCAAGAGUUUCAACUUGAGAGACGAGAUUUUUGUCUCGCAAGACAAGACUCUUGUCUUGCAUGAGGGUGGCAACUUACUUUUGAGCGGCACUAUAAUGUGGAAUUGGCAAAUGCUAAAUAAUUUUCCACAAGGGUUUUGUUUCUAAAAUAACAGUUUUUUGUUUUCUUUCUGUUUACCAGUGCUGUUAUUUGGACAGGAUGCUAGAAGUUCUAAGAGUAAUUUUGUGGGUUGUUUUGACCCGACCUGCCAUGUUGUGUCUGUUGUUGAAGGUGCUGUACAUUAAUGUGAUAUUUUGUUUAUUUAUAGGGAUAAUAAUUAAGAAUAAUCUGAAUUGAAUAGUCAGAAAUUAAGUCAAUGUUCAAAAUUCUUGCUGUCGUACUGCCCUGUAAUCUUGCAGUCAUUAAAUCAUUACAAAUAUAAUGAACAAUAAUCAAUUCAUUACGACAAUAUCUCAAUUUAAUAUUUUUUUUUAAUCACCAAUAUACAGUAGAACCUCCACAUUAUGAUGGACCAAGGGUUUGACAAAAUAUGUUUGCCAAAACAAGGUUUCGUUAUAUUGAGGUUCUUUUCUAUAUAUUUACAAGAAAUUACUGGGGUAAAAAAAUCGUUCAUUAUACUGAGAACUUUGUUUCAUGGAGGUUUGUUUUAUUGGGGUUCCACUGUAUCUGGAGUAAACAAUAUGAUGUUGAUAAUUUGAUCAAAGGUAUCCAAAUUCAUGUACCAGUGAUUAUUGCAAUACAGUAUGCAUAAUAAUGAUGUAAUAAAUACUUUAUGACUGGUUUUGAGGGAAACAUUGAGAUUUAAGUGAUUUGGUAUAUAGCUGGAAAUUCUUUUAAUCUCAUUGUAAUGGCAGUUGUCCGUCAACAUUCAAGUACAAGUAACAGUGCACUGUUACUUUCUUACAUCAUAGAUUUUGCAUUGAUGCCUGCUCAGAGAUUUUGGUGCGAAAUGGGUUCAUUGUUGGAUUUCAUGUGACCUUGAAGUAACUUUAUGAGAGCGCACGCUGUUGGGAAAAAAUGUCCAGCCAUUAGAAAAUCCACAAGAUUAGAUUGAAUUAACUCAUUUUUACUAUUGUUUCGUUUGUUCUCAGAUGCUAUCAACAAUGCUGCUUACCUCUGUGAGCAAAACUACAUGGCCUCUCCAUCGGUAGAAAUUUCUCAAGUGAAUGGUACGUUUUUAGAUUUCUGGUCCUUUGAGAUUGUUAUUCCUUCAGAUUUACUCAAAGUUUAAAGUACAUCAAACAGCGUCAUGACAAUGUGGUUGAAACCAUGGCUCAGGUGAAUGAGUAAUCAUUAUUGUAUUGUGGCAAUAGUAAAUUUCAGCUUUUUUAUUUGGCCUUAAGUUAAAUUAAAUUUGUUAUACUUAUUUAGGGAAUAAUGGAACUGCGUCAGCGUGAAGGAGAUGAUGCUUUUCAUCCUUCAAUAGAAUACUUUUUAGGUAGGUAAUGUUAUGAAAUAUUUUCAAGCAUUUUUAACGACAUGUCAGUACAUUUUUAAUUAUGACUUUUUCAGUCUUUUAAGUCACCUUGUAUACAAAGGGAGACAACAAGGCCCAGUAGUCAGGGCAUCAGACUUGCAAUCCAGGAUUUUAUUCUCAUUCUGACCAUUAGCUGAAUUUGUUCGAAGUUCAAAUCUUUUGUCAUGCUUGUUAGUAGCAAACUGGUUGCCUACUGGCAAUAGGCCUCUUUCAAAAAUAUCAUAAUACUCUUUGUUGUCCCUCCAUAAUGUUGCAUAAGAAUUGUUUUCAAUUUCUCUUUUGACUUACAAUAAUUAUUGCCUCAAGAGAACUUGAAAACAAUGCUGAUGCAAAAUUUUGGAGAGACAACAAAGAGUAUUAUGGACUUUUUGAAAAAGGUCUAUUUACAUGUAACUGACACUUUUAUCCAGUGAUAAAAAUGUUUGUCAUUAAUUUUGUUUUAAGGUAUUCAAGUGGAGCCAUUUAACUAACUAGACAACUAAGUGCACUUCUAUUAUAGAUGGGGGAUUUACACAGUACCUGUUCGUUUUUCUUCUCAGUUUUCAUGUGUUCUAACGUUUUACUUGUUAUGAAUGCUUUUUCUUUUAACAGAUCGCUUUUACAUGAAUCGUAUUAGUAUUCGAAUGUUAAUUACUCAACACCGUAAGUAUCUAUGAGUAAUUUUUAUCAGAUCUAAAUUGUUAAUUUAAAUUACCUAUCAGUAAAUGCAUUUCACUGCCACAUAAAUCUGGUUGAUGUUAAAGUAACCAAAACAUGUUGACACAACAGUAAUUCAACUACUUGUGAUUUGUUAUGACCAACAACAAUCUGGAACUGACACUGAGUGAGUACUCUGACACCAAGCUGCAGAAUUUUCUUUUGGAAACAGUGAAGUUUGUCUCACUCAACAGUUAUCUCCUUGUUUCUCAUGUCUCAGCAGUAUUGCCACUAACUACUUUGCACUUGUGUGGAACAUUUGAUAUCACCCUGAAGACAAUUAACAGACUGAAGGCCGUUUACAGUCUGUGAAAUUCAGGGGACCUAGCACUGUAGUUUUCUGCAAAAGCUACAGUUUUCCCAGUCAGUUAAAGGCAAAAGUAAAGCAGAAGGGGCCAUGAGGCCCUGAUAUGUCUCAGCCCUGGAGUGGCAAUUUACUUCACAUAUAUUUAGCAGUGAUGUUGUAAAAGAAAAACUAAACGUUCUUCACUAUUAUUCAAGCUACCUUUUUUACUCAACUGCACCUUCAAAAAUACCCCAUGUCUUUGUUUUACAGAUUAAGUUGAGCUGUUGGUAAGCUUUUGUCAGUGUAAUAAUAGCCAGCAGUCGGCUCUGAUCCAAACUGAGAUGCUUGAUACUUGCAUUUCUUCAACCCUCUCGAGAGUUUCAACUUGAGAGAGGAGUUUUGCAUGAGGGUGGCAACUUACUUUUGAGCGGUACUAUAAUGUGGAAUUGGCAAAUGCUAAAUAAUUUUCCACAAGGGUUUUGUUUCUAAAAUAACGGGUUUUUUGUUUUCUUUCUGUUUACCAGUGCUGUUAUUUGGACAGGAUGCUAGAAGUUCUAAGAGUAAUUUUGUUGGUUGUUUUGACCCAAACUGCCAUGUUGUGUCUGUUGUUGAAGGUGCUGUACAUUAAUGUGAUCUUUUGUUUAUUUAUAGGGAUAAUAAUUAAGAAUAUUCUGAAUUGAAUAGUCAGAAAUUAAGUCUAUAUUCAAAAUUCUUGCUGUCGUACUGCCCUGUUAUCUUGCGGUCAUUAAAUCUAAAUAUCUCAAUUUAAUCUUUUUUUUAAUCAGCAAUAUAAGAUAGAACCUCAACAUAACGAUGCACCAAGGGUUUGACAAAAUAUGUUUGCCAAAACAAUGUUUCGUUUUAUUGAAGUUCUUUUCUAUACAUUUUUACAAGAAAUUACUGGGGUAAAAAAAUUGUUCAUUAUACCGAGAACUUUGUUCCAUGGAGGUUUGUUUUAUUGGGGUUCCACUGUAUCUGGAGUAAACAAUAUGAUGUUGAUAAUUUGAUCAAAGGUAUCCAAAUUCAUGUCCCAGUGAUUAUUGCAAUACAGUACGCAUAAUAAUGAUGUAAUAAACACUUUGUGACUGGUUCUGAGGGAAACAUUGAGAUUUGAGUGAUUUGGUAUAUAGCUGGAAAUUCUUUUAAUCUCGUUGUAAUGGCAGUUGUCCGUCAACAUUCACAAGUAACAGUGCACUGUUACUUUCUUACAUCAUAGAUUUUGCAUUGUUGCCUGCUCAGAGAUUUUGGUGGGAAAUGGGUUCAUUGUUGGAUUUCAUGUGACCUUGAAGUAACUUUAUGAGAGCGCAUGCUGUUGGGAAAAAAUGUCCAGCCAUUAGAAAAUCCACAAGAUUAGAUUCAAUAAGCUCAUUUUUACUGUUGUUUCGUUUGUUCUCAGAUGCUAUCAACAAUGCUGCUUACCUCUGUGAGCAAAACUACAUGGCCUCUCCAUCGGUAGAAAUUUCUCAAGUGAAUGGUACGUUUUUAGAUUUCUGGUCCUUUGAGAUUGUUCAAAAGUCUAAUAGCGCUAUCCACCAGAUAAAUCACUUUCCACAAAUGAGAGGAAACUCUCAUUGCAUUUCAUGAUAGGUAGCAUUUUACCCUAUGAACAACUUAAAGUCUGUCUUUUAAACAACUGGGUCCUGUUUAGUGUCAGAUGUUGAGAAAACCAAUGUGGCUAAAACGAACACGAGGCCUGGUUAGCCAGCUGUCUCUCAUUGGGGCUAUGCAGGGGUACCCUAAUCACAUUGCAGGGGCUCAUGUGUCUUUUUACAGUUUUCUCUUGUGGAAUAGCCUGUCUGCUUGUGCAUCGUUGCCUGUCAUGGCUCAUACUUGCAAAGUAACUUUUCUGCUGCCUGCUUACUGAACUUGGACUUGCCACAAAUUGACCUCUGACACAAGUUUCACAGCAGAAAAGCUGUAAAGUGAGCUGAACGAGCUUUUUAGGUCGCAAGGUAGCCGAGCCAGCUAGAGACAAAAUCGCGAGAAGUCUUUGUGCCGCGAGCCAAAUUUGAAAUACGACGAAAGACUUCUUCAAAAGUCUAGCAUAUCCUUGAGAAUGUAAACAACAAAUCUUCAUCAGUGGUGUGGACCGGAAGGAAAUCUUGUAACAUCAAUAUGACAGUUCUGUUGUCUUUUUAAGAUGACGCGUGCGCAUAAUCGGGACACUGUUCCCUUUAAACCAUGACAAAGCCAUUUCAUGAUAUACAGUUAAAAGAAACUUCGGAGCUCAGUUGCAUGACCUAUCCCACAUGUAUUUUUAGCACAGUUAUUGUAAUUACAAACCACUGUUGUUAACUUGGUGCGCCAUUCACCUUGUCCAUGUUAGGCAAGGAUUAAAUUAAUGUUUUCUUCUCUAAAAUCAUCUUUAACCGAGUCAAUGCACAAAACCUUUUCUUUUUAUUUUUUCAUGUAUCCUCAUAAUAAACAUUACAAAGUUGCAGUGUACUAAUUUUAUUAUACUUUCUUUGUGCAGCUUAUGAUCCAAAGAAACCUGUUCAAGUGGCCUAUGUUCCUGGCCAUUUGUAUCACAUGCUCUUUGAAUUACUUAAGGUAUGUGACUGCACGUUGAACCUAUGGACAGCACUUUUUCUCACUCGAGUUGAUCACACUAAUGUUUAACAGGGGUUGCUACAUUUUUCUAAUUUUUGUCAAGAAAUGAACUUUUGUAUCUGAGAAAGACAUGAUGCAAGUCACCAAACAAAGUCUAUGCUAUGAUUAUCCACCUUGUCUGUUUAUUGCUGAAAAAAUUUCUUUGAUCAGUUUAGCAUCAAGUCUGCAUUACAUUAACCUUUUAAUAGUUACUGGAAAAUCUUGCAGUCAUUGCAGCCUCCAUUCCUUUCCCUAAAGAUUUGUUGACCAGACUGUGUUUUGUCUUUUCUAUAUCAAAAAUGCCACAUACAAGUUACUUCGUAUAACCACAAUAACGACAUUAUUCUCUGUCUUUAAGAAUGCCAUGCGAGCAGUUGUUGAACAGCAUGGGAGCAGUAUAGACAUUCCUCCUUUGAAAAUAUUAAUAACCAAAGGGAAACAGGAUCUAACAAUCAAGGUGAGUGGAACAUGUGUCAAGUACGAUCCAAAGUAUUAUGUGUUUUUCUUUUUGUCAAGUUAUACUAAUAGCCAAUUAUUAGGCCUGUAAAGAUUGAAAAAGUCAGAAAAAAUCAAACUCAGACUAUCUGAGUUCUGGCAAUACUGUCAUCACAGGCUUAUUUUUGCCAGCCAUAUUGAUGACUUUGCUAACUAAUUACAUUUCUUUAGAUUUCUGACCAGGGCGGUGGAAUAGCCAAAAGUGAAAUAGAUCAAGUGUUUGAGUAUCACUAUACAUCAGCUCCUGAGCCACUGACAACUGGUGCUGCAGCCCCCAUGGUGAGAGUUUUUUCCCUUUUAUACAUAUACAUGAAAAAUUUGGCUACGAUCAGCAAAAAAAAUAAUUGAGACACUGCCCUGAAGGUCAUUUGUGAUGUUUCACUAACUUCAAAAGGGCAGGGCUCGUAUAGUUCGUUUGAAAAAGUCUUGAACAACAAGUGCUUUUAUAACUGAAACCUUUUUUUCGUUUUGGUUAAAUCUUAUUCAGUCUUGCCUAUAUAUUUACAGCACACCAGGAAAAAAGCUUUGUUGCUGGAUUAUUUAAGGUCUCUAUUGAUCACACCUAUUUGUUAACCUUGAGUCUGGAAAAAGAAACCCUUGUUUUGGAAAUAAGUUUGGAAAAAGUCUUGAAUUUUGGAUCCAACAAUCUCCACGAACCCUCAAAUGGAGAAUGAAGCAUUCCUUCCCCUGAGCCUGUAGGAAACAACAAGCGCCCAAACUUUGCAGGGCUGAGCUCUGGCAGUGCCUGGUGGCCCCUGGCAUUCAACUGUUGCUCUUAGCCAACUAGAAAAUCUCAUUUCUUUCAUAUAAAUCACAUGCUGGACAUCCUUAAGAGCACUGGGCUUCCCCCAAUUUUCCUUAGAGCACAGCGUUGCUUUGAAUGGAGGGUGGUUGGGAGGGGUGUAGAUUGCUUUGUUCUCCAAAGUUUCCCCAUUAAAGGACAGUGUCUGUAUGUAAUCUUACUGCGUAGAGUGGUUGCUAGUCGAUAACUGGUUCAUCCUCUGUACAAAUUAAUCAUUAUAAAAUGAGAUCCAGGCAACAGAGCUCGAACCGUAGUAACUUCCAAAAAGUGAAUGAAGUCCUCAGUAGUUGCCAGUUCUGUCCGUCAACACAAAAUAAAAUCCCCUCAACAAAAUACAGCUGCAUACAGUUUGAUGUUCCAUCUUCCACUCCUGUUUAAAAAUCAUGAAUUUACUGUUUUAAAUAGUGUACUCAAAAGUCUUGUAAAUCACACACAGAAAUAUGUAGUUCUGAAGUAAUAAAUUAACGAUUAUUAUCCGAAUCAGUUUUACACUUGGAUUGUACGUUUAUUCUCCAGGCUGGUUAUGGAUAUGGUUUGCCAUUAUCGAGAUUGUAUGCUAGAUACUUUGAUGGAGACCUUCAGCUUUAUUCCAUGGAAGGAUUUGGAACUGAUGCUGUGAUCUGGUUGAAGGUAACUUUUUUUUUCCUGUAACUUCACUUGACAACCUCGUUCCCAGGGUUCUCUCCUACCCGCCCCCAUGGAGCGUUCUCUCUCGCUCCAUGGGGGUGGGUAGGAGAGAACCCUGGGAACGAGGUUGUUCACUUGAAUGAUCCUGCCAUAGGAUUUCAUAUCAAUACUGAAACAUGAGAACAGCAUUUCAGUAGGUCUAAGUUCAAUAAUAAAAGAAUUGAAGUUAUUUGAAGUCCUGAAUAGGAUAUUUACUAUCUUAUUAUCCAAAAGGAAAGGACGAAACUGGUCCCAUUGGGUUUAAAUACAAUGUGUUUUAAAGUAAUGUUGUUGGUGGAAAAUUCUUGGUAUGUGAACAAGAUCUUGACUGUGGCACUGACCCCACCUUCAGGUUUAGAUUUUGCUUGUAGACUAAGACUUACAAAGUUUAUGGCUUAGUACCCCUGACAGAACAAGAUUAUGGAGCCGAGGAUUGGCAAUUUGCUGCAUUUGAAUCUCUGCUCGGCUGAGGCGCUAUGGGGGUUCCCAGUGGUGCCAACAGUCCACCUCCAUGCGCUUCCAAACUUUGCAGUCCUGUGCCACAGUACGAAUUUCCUGUAGCCUGCGAGCAAGCUCUCCUAUUUGGGCGAGCCAGAACACGCGAGCGAGGGGUCGAGGAAAGGAGAGCUUGCAACGAUCUCUCAAAAAUUUUUAUUUCCACCCCGGAAACCCCGGGACUCUGCAAAGCGUGAAAACUGUCACCGCAAACGUGCCGCAGAUUAGAAAGUUGACAACCGCCUGUCAAGUUUAGACAGCCGAGGGCACGUAGAAUUAUUUAUUUAUAAAUCGCUUUUGCAACAGCAUCAAAGCCACGGGGACAUCGAACUUCAACGUGUCCGCUCGGAUGAGAACUUAAUACUUUGAUUCUCGUUUCGUUUACUUUUGAAAAGUCGUCCGUACUGCAGCAGGCUAAGACGAAGGGAAAUACCGUUGGCUGGAAAAAGACGUUCCGGAAAACAAAGUUGAUAGAUAACAGGCCAAGCUGGCGCCCUCUUCGUCUUUUUGACAAGUUUGGUUCUCAAGGGGAUCAGAUUGGUGCCAAGAACGUUUUUCAGCCCUCAAAGCAGACGAGGGGGCUCGUUUGAUUUAGUCCUCGCAAAGAGAAUAUUGCGAGCCAAGGAUAAGUCGGACCGAGCUUGUAGUUCUUGUGGAAGGAAAAUGAAAACCCUUCAUUAGUUGUAUUCGUUUGUGUCAAGCGCCUUGUUUAGUUCUGAAAACGAGAAGAGUGAGAGUGAAGAGAGAUUCAAGCGCCCGGCUCAAGCGCUGCCUUCCAAAGUCGGUUUCUUCGCCCGAUUGAAUUCCACUGGGUAGAAAACAUUCAGAAACGUGUACUUGACAGUGUAGCUGUGUAGCUUGACCGUAAAGAAGGACAAAAGAAAGAGUUGGUAGCAACUGGAGUAUAACUUAAGAGAACCAAGUUCAGGAAAACGCUACUCUCCAGUGCCGGAAAGGACAAACAUAUAAUGUUUUGUUGGUUAUUGCGACGGGGAGUCGGUCUUCUACACUGCUGCACUGCAGUACCAGGCCUGGCCUGCGAGCAAGCUCUCCUAUUUGGGCGAGUGAAGCGAGUCUCGCGAGAACGCGCGAGCGAGCGGCGAAGCCGCGAGGGGCCCCUCGCUCGCGCGUUCUAGCGAGGCUCACUUCGCUUACCCAAAUAGGAGAGCUUGCUCGCAGGCUACCUUCGUCUGAGCGAAGUACAAAUGAAAAUUUAUGAGAGAUCGUUGCAAGCUCUCCUUUCCUCUGCCCCUCGCGGCUUCGCCGCUCACUCGCGCGUUCUCGCGAGACUCGCAUCGCUCCAAGGAAGGGGGGAUUUUCUGAAUUGAUUAGCUUUUCAGCACUCUCGUGGAAUGGAAUUUUGCGUCCUUCAGGUCUUGGUUUACCAUGUGUCGGGAAAGAGUAGAAGUGUCCACAAAUUGAAAAAAACUGGCAUCUUUCACGAAAGUGUUUCUUUCGGCUUCAGAGACAUCUUGGAAUUCGUUGUUGUUGUUGUUGUUUUGCUAUAAUUACACAAUUAUUUGUGAAGCCGUGCUUUUAUAAUUUUAUCUACACCAUGUAGUGUACUGUGGGGUCAUGCAUGGCUUACUACAUUUAAUAAAUAUUUGUUGGAUGAAGUUGAGACUCGUGUUAUCGCCGAGGCUGAAGCUGAUAUAAGGCUGGUAACACUUACCAGGACCUAAACUGUAGGCUGUUAACCAGUGAGAAGACAGAUUCUGAGUAUUGUGCGAUAACGGAGCUUUUAAACAAUUUGCAUGACAAUUAUGUCUUUUAGGCAUUAUCUGAAGAGGCAAGUGAAGUUCUCCCUCUAUACAAUACAAGAACACCCAAGAACUAUGAAGAAGUAAGAUUAUCUGCUCAGCACUGUCGAGACUGGAGUUCCUCUAAAUUCUAUGGCCAUGGACACAAAUUUCUAUCAACAUAUCACGGCAGAAUGAGAGCAAGAAGAUUGCAUCACAGUAGGAAAACUGACUCUUCAUAAAGUGGUCUUGGACACUGUCUCACCUGGAUAUUUUACGUGAUGUUUUCUUAUUCAAAAUUAAAAGAAACAUUUACAAAUAUAUCACAAUUUGCGAUGGGAUGUGGAACGCUGCACUGACAUACGUUUAUUUAUUUUGUUACAAGAUCAACUACAACCUUUGAUUUAACAACCAUUGAGUGUUUUUUGACUUGUUGUAAAAAGUAUUUGAUCAUUCGGCACAUGCAACGUAAUUAGAAUUUAGAAUUAUAAGAUAUUUUUAUAUUUCUUCCUUAAGUGGGCAAACUAAUUACAAAACAAAAUAUGAGUUGUAAAUUUUGAUUAGACUUUGAUCUGAAAUGCUUAAUGUACCUAGUAAGGGGGAACCGUUUUACAUGUACAAAAACAAUACGAUUAAUGAAAGGAAGGUAAUGCUAACACACAGUGGGUCGUAUUUAAGCAAUUGAAUUGCUGUACAGACUGUACUCAAUGUACAUGCUUAUUCUAGGUAAAUACAAUAAUGUUCAAUAGCUAUUUUACAUUCCAAGAUUUACUUGGAAAUAGAUCAAGAUCGAUGUAAGUCUCAAGAUUGUUUAAGUUGUUGAACAAAUAAGCAAGAUACAAAAGGUAUUUUCUUGACCAAGUAUUUAUCUCACGUCGAGAAAAGUAAUAUUGACAGCUGUUAGUAGUGUAGGGUGUCAGUCUUCUUUAUGUUGACACGUAGGGAAAAAUAAUUUUUAUCACAUGUGCUUAUUUUAUUGGGCACCUAAAGAUCAGGUUAAAUGUGAUCGAAACGUAUAUGGUCUUAAUGCAUUAAGGGGGCCGCUCUAGUUGUUGUGGUGGUCUUCAGUUAUUUGUCCACAGAGGAAGAACAAAUCUGAAACGUUUUAUCAAUAAAACAUGUCGCUUGAUAAGAAGU